AGAAAAAAGAAAACUCAAAUAUUCGCAUAAGGCACAAGAAAUUCGAUUAAAGUUAACUUCAACGGAGAAGAAAGAGAAACCCUAAUUUACAAGCAUGACGGACUACGAAGGAAGGUACGAGACCAACGGAGAAGAUCUGGACGACUAUGUCUCUUCCCCUAAGCCGCGCACCACUAGUAAUGUUGGUGCCGAUGACUACAGCGACUCUAAGUCUCAGAAUGUUAGUCUUGACUUUGAGAAAGAUAGAGAGCGUGAGUCUUCUCGAAGCAAGGAAAAGGAAAGGGAGAAAGGGCGCAAUAAAGAUCGGGACAGGGACAGGGACGGGGGCAGGGACAGAGAUAGGGACAGGGACAAGGAUGGAGGCAGAGAUAGAGACAGGGACAGGGAUCGGGAUCGUCACCACAGAGACCGCCACAGGGACCGAAGUGAAAGAAGGGAGAGGGAGAGGACUAGAGACAGGGAUGAUGAUGAUUAUUAUAGGAGGCGAGAUCAUGACAGGAAGAGAGAUUAUGAUAGAGACAGAGAUGAUGAACACAGAUCUCGUUCAAGGGCUAGAUCUGAGCACAGAUCUAAGUCACGAUCUCGUUCACGCUCCAAAAGCAAAAGGAUAAGCGGUUUUGAUAUGGCACCUCCUGCUGCAAUGAUUCCUAACGCAGCUGCUGCUCUCGCCGCUGCCUCAGGUCAGAUGCCUGGGACCACACCGACCAUUCCUGGAAUGUUUCCAAACACGUUUCCUAUGGCAUCAGGACAGUUUGGAGCUCUCCCUGUUAUGCCAGUUCAGGCGAUGACUCAACAGGCUACUAGACAUGCUCGACGAGUCUAUGUUGGUGGACUCUCUCCCACUGCCAAUGAACAGUCUGUGGCAACGUUCUUUAGUCAUGUUAUGUCUGCAAUAGGAGGAAACACUGCCGGUCCAGGAGACGCUGUUGUGAAUGUUUAUAUUAACCAUGAGAAGAAAUUUGCUUUUGUGGAGAUGAGAUCUGUUGAAGAGGCUAGUAAUGCCAUGGCGUUAGAUGGGAUUAUAUUUGAGGGAGCACCAGUUAAAGUCAGAAGACCUAGUGAUUACAACCCCUCACUGGCUGCUACUCUUGGCCCUAGCCAACCUAAUCCAAAUUUGAACCUUGCGGCUGUUGGGUUAUCACCAGGUUCUGCUGGCGGACUUGAGGGCCCUGACCGUAUAUUUGUGGGCGGUUUACCAUAUUAUUUCACUGAAGCACAGAUCAGGGAGUUGCUAGAGUCUUUUGGUCCCUUGCGAGGUUUUGAUCUGGUGAAAGAUAGAGAAACAGGAAACUCAAAAGGCUACGCGUUUUGUGUUUAUCAGGAUUUAUCAGUUACAGAUAUUGCUUGUGCAGCUCUUAAUGGUAUUAAGAUGGGUGAUAAAACUCUUACAGUUAGGCGAGCUAACCAGGGUACAACACAACCUAAACCUGAGCAAGAGAGUGUGUUAUUGCAUGCUCAGCAACAAAUAGCAUUGCAGAGAUUCAUGUUACAACAACCUGCUGCUCCAGCAACAAAGGUUUUGUGCCUAACAGAAGUGGUUAACCCAGAUGAGCUUAGGGACGAUGAGGAUUAUGAGGACAUAGUAGAAGACAUGAGAGCAGAAUGUGGGAAAUUCGGUACUUUGACAAAUGUGGUCAUUCCACGCCCAAAUCCCAAUGGCGAACAAACACCAGGUGUUGGAAAGGUUUUCUUGGAGUAUGUGGAUGUUGAAAGCGCUACAAAAGCACGACAAGGACUGAAUGGAAGGAAGUUUGGUGGAAAUCAAGUUGUGGCUGUCUUUUAUCCGGAGAAUAAGUUCUCCGAGGGCGAUUAUGAUGGCUAGUAGUCAACGUUGUCAUUAUUCUCUCAGAUGUUCUCAGAAGUCCUGAAAGUGACUUGAAAUUUGAUGUUAAUUUAAUGUUCUUAAUGAUGCACCUUGGAGUUUUUUCUUAUUUUCACUAGGUUUUGUUGUAGGAUUAAGUUGUUCUUUCAGUUGAACUCCAAUUAGAACAUUAUUAUUGGGUAAAUAUUGUUGUAAGCUAGAAACAGUUGGUGUUAAUUAUGAAGGCAUAUUUUCGAUUUGGUACC